AACGAAACUCUCAUUCUUGCAAAAUAUACGAAUCAGUAGUGAGGUGGGCUAUAAAUCAUCUCCACAUCCGGCUUAAGUGGUAUCAAGGAGCCGUAUCCCGCCUUUCUUUCGGCCGUUAGUUAUAUUUGGUGAUUUUCCAUUCUUUUAUGCUCAGGUCGAGGUAUUUAUUAACAAUUAUACCCCUGUAUAUUGCGGAGAAUCAUACCCUGACAUCGCUUCUCGAUCGUUUAAAAAGAGGUGAUUGCAUCAGUGAGUGCAAGGUACGGGGAAAAUACGGCGUGUUGAUUGCAGCGAAACUCGAUUGAUCACAUCAAGCCUUUGCGGUCAACGGAUAUUAAGUUGUUGAUUGUUAAAGCAAGCCGACGUGACAGAAGGCAUUUAAGCCCCGAACACCUUGCCCAAGACGUUCAUCUCUGGCUGCAUGUGAUCCCUGAAGCGUCGCAUCCAUCCCCAGCUAAGACGAUGGUCACCAUGGAAACGAGAAGUCUUACAAAAUCCACGUGUGGGCGCCAUGAGCAAUGACCUCAUCUUCGCGCUUUGUGGAUGAUGAAACUCCGAAUGAAUCUCCGUUCGGACUGUAUUCGCUCUUCAUAGGAUUGACUGCGGUGAUCCCGAAUAAUUAGCCUUUGGAUAUUCCGUAUUCAACCUCCAUUGGCUUUCCCGCCAUUCUUCUGAAUAACAUCAAAUUUAAUCCAACGAACUGUCGGAUCCAACUCCAAUUUAAUGAGUAUGUGUCCGAGUGGCAUUCACUGAUGAAAAAGUAUAUCAGAGUGGUAAUAUCGUUGGCUAUAUCGUAUAGCUUAAUUUCAGGUUAAUUAGACGUCGCUAUUUACCACACAGGAGCUGCAAUUAAAGUCGUCUAGCGUCCAGUGCCACACAUUUGGGGAUCAAGGAAAGUUGAAGUGAGUGUGCAUUACUCAACACGCUUACAAACAGGUCUUACAUAUAUCACAUAAUACUAUUCAACAUAGUACAUCCAUCGUAAUGGAGAUCAAAGACACAUAAUUCCGCCAACGAAACGGAAACAGCAGGGCACCACAAUCACGAUCUGUACUGCAUCAAGUUAUCAUUACAUAGGUGAACGCGCCAUUGAUUGUGGACGGGAGAAAAAGCGCGCGAAGAAGAAAUGUAGGAACAGACGACAUCGUCGCAGUGUGUGAUUUUCUUCGGAUGUCGACGGAACGAUAAAAACUCGUCACCAUGUUGAACAUGGGCGCUGUGAAGGGGUUCGACGUCUUCCUCGACGACCCCUUGGAAGUCUACCAUUCUGGGGAAACCCUUCGAGGUCACGUGAUGCUCACUUUAACCAAGGACCUUGCCAUGAAAGGUAUCCGGGUUGCGGUGAAGGGCGAGAUUCGCACCCAGUGGAGGGAGAGGCACGCCUCCGCUGCCAGCGGGAAGCGGAGCUCAACUUACCGGGGAGGGGAACAACUAUUCCUGGAGCGGAAGACUGUCUGGGGAAACGAACCAGAGGACAAAUCAGAGAUCCCGCUCCUUACGGCGGGGAGUUAUUCCUUUCCCUUCCAAUUCAAACUACCGACCAAACCAGGUCUACCGUGCUCUUUUGAAGGCGGGAACCUCGCCUACUCCAGGUAUCUGGUCCACGCCAACAUGGAUAUAUCCUGGGCAGUUGAUCCGGUGGCGGAGCGAUACUUCUCCUUCAUUGGCUCAGAGAUCGAUUGCAACUUGCCCAAAUACCAGAAAACCGUGCACGCGUCGGAUCGGAAAACGUUGCUUCAUUGCUGCUGUCGGUCUAGCGGACCAAUAGCACUGAAGGCGGAGAUGCAAAGGAAUGCCUACUGUGCCGGGGAAUAUGUAAAUAUCAAGACGAGGCUGGAGAACAAUUCGGACAAGGUCAUGCGACUUGGAGUCAAAUUCUUACAGAACGUCACUUUCUUAGCAGAAAUUCCAAAGCGUAUGAACAAGGCUGGGUCGUACGAGAUACUGAGCUACAGCAGCCCUUGCGUGCAGCCUGACCAGGAAUACUGUCUCCGCACUGCAAGGAUGUUACAGAUCCCGAUAGUACCGUCAUCCAUUGAAUCCAGACAUAUCAUUGUACAAUACAGUAUAGAGAUCGCUCUUAUAGUGGAUGAGAAGCCUGAACUUAACAUCUCCUUUCCAGUAACCAUCGGCAACGUACCUUUCAAAGAUUCAAGGGGGAAAUCCCGUGAUCUCAGCUAUGGGCACGGAUGCAGUCAAUCCUGCGGCGCCAAUUCUGGAGUGGUCCACUACCGUGACAAGGAAAGGGUCGUACAGCUCAAGCACUUCACACCUCUCUACCUCACUGUCUCGGCGGUUCGCGACUCUACAGCUUCCUUGCUCGACGCCCGCCCCAUCCUGCAUUCGCACAACGGCACUCCACGGAACGGUGCCGUAUCGAGCAAUGGCAACGGCACUCUCUCCAAUGGCUCAACGCGAAAAGAACAUCCUCUGGUGGCGCAAAUGUCCAGUACUGACUUAUCAAACAACGGAUAUUCAUUUGACAGAACUGAAAGUAAUGACGAUUUUGAUGCGUCCGUUCUUGCAAGUAAGUCCAGCGGAAGUGUCACCAAGUAUAGUAUGCGCACAACGAGAGGUCCAGGAGUUCUGAGCAGAAAGCCGUCAAAGGAGGAGGGAUACGACGAUCCCGGACAAUUUGGAAUGCCCCAUAUGAACCAGAAUGAAAACAUGUUCGCCAUCUCUGGGCAUGCUGUGCAAAUUCACUCCAUGGGUCAAAUGGACACAGCGCAGGUCGAUAUUGCAAAUGGACAUUUUCAAUUUGAGAUCGGGGAUGACGGACAAGUUUAUGAAUGUCAUUACGUCUGACAAAUGAGGGACUGUUUUAUAUAUUAUACUUUAUUUUUAUAUCAUGUACACAAAUGCCAUUUCAUGUAAUCAUGGAUUAUCAUUGUCAUAAAUUAACAUAAAAAUGUUGGUUGUAGUUUAUACUAUAUGAUAUUAUAUUAUAUGAAAGUUAUGACAUUGUACUCAUCGAGCAUAAUCUUAAAUCUGCCAAUGGCUCUGUUUUCUCACUCUUCAAGCCAAUCAACUACAUGUUUGUUGUUAGCCUACUGGUCAAGUGGAUGAUUUGUUUAUUGAUCCAAGAACAAAUGCAGAGUGUAAUUUGGCAUGAUCAUCAUAGCAAUUCUUCAUCGUGGAGAAUGGGUGAUACAGUUAAUGUGUCAGCUGUUUCUCUUGUCAAACGGAGUGAUCAAGUAAGUAUUGAGUGACUGUUAAUAUCAUUGUCUGUAUCCUGAAUAUAUGAGAUCACUAAUGAAGUCACCGAGCAUGCAGAUGCUUCUGCAGUGACCGCCAAACUGCAGGAAUUUUAUUUAUUAGGGUAUGGAAGACUUCAAAGAUUCCUUGAUGACACAGAAUCUGAACCGACGGGUCAUCUCUUCUAUUCUGAACACUUCGUAGCGAUCACCGAACUGCAGAAAUUAUAGUGAAUCCCAACUGUUGGAGGAUUUCUUCUAUGCUUGUCACCUGCAGAGCUUGCCAAACUGUGGGAACUAAACGGUUGGAAAGACUACAGAAAUGCCUUGAAGAUAGAGCACUGCAAAACAGAAGGAGUAUUUCCAAUCUUAUCUCCUGUAGCGAUGGCCAAACUGCAGGAUUUUUUUUUUUAUCAUAAGAUAGACUACAGAAACGCCUUGAAGAUAGGGAAAUGCAACUGAUAGAGAAGUUCUUCUAUUCUUAUCACCAGAGGCGAUCGCCAAAUGGCAGGAACUUUCUCUAAGAGUGUUGAAUAGAAUGUCUACAUGAUUGCCUUGAAAGCAGAGAAGGGAUGGAUUCGUGCCUUGACAGACAAAAGCUCAGAAGUAGGAUUUAUACACAUACUAGUGCCUUUGAGAAGCUUGUAUAAUCCAGUGCAAUAUCUAAACAAGAAUUUCCUAUAUAGAUAUGUCAUGGUGUUUGUCAUGUGAACUUCAGAAUGAACAGUAAAAAUUUAUUUUCAUAAAUUCCAGCUUACAUUCACUGCCCUUUGUAAUUAAGUCUCUACUAUAUUAAUUCCAUCUUCUUACAAUGUUACAUAUUUAUCAUGAUGAAAAGAUCCUCUUCGGACAAAUCAACGAUAUACAUAUUUAUUUUAUGAUAUUUGCAAUAACAAUAUCAAUGUAUCACUUGUGCAUCACAUGCCUGUCCAGCUUUAUUGUCAUCCUGUGAUUACUGUUUGAUUAAUAGAGAGAAUGGCCAAAUAGUAUUUAUGUUUGUAUCAAAUGUAGGCUGUGAUGGAAGUUUCUGGUUGGCAGUACUAUUACAAUGAUUAUUCCAAUUUACUGCCAUUUCAGAUUUAUCAGAUGUGCAAGCAAACAGAAGGGAAUUGAAUAAAU